AUGGCAGAACACAACUACAAGUUCAACGUCACAAUGACCUGCGGCGGCUGCUCCGGCGCCGUCGAGCGCGUCCUCAAGAAGACUGAAGGCAUCAAGAGUUACACAGUCUCCCUCGACGACCAAACCGCCAUGAUCACCACAGAUUCCUCAGCCACCAACGCACCAGACUACGCGACGCUGCUGGAGAAGAUCAAGAAGACGGGCAAGACUGUCAACUCUGGCGAGGCUGAUGGUGUCGUUCAGUCCGUAUAA